AUGGCAAGUGCUUCGGAGGCGGGCCUUUGGCGCCUCUUCUUUGGUCCAAGACAGCGGUCCCCUUUUGAGGAUGGACGACAGCAGGAUCCGGCCGAACUGAACCGGCCGCUUGUUUACUGGAGAAGGAGUCGGCUGCAGACGCACGAGAAAGGAGGCCUGGUUGUCAGACAAGCGAUGACGCAGAGGCACAGCGCGCACAACCGUGUUAGUGCUCUGCGCCAGAUGACCGAAGAUUGGAGGAAGACUAUCGGAGAGCUGCAGAAGAAGUGUAUCGUCACCCUGUUCGUCGUCUGGGGAGCUGGAGGCGUGAAAAGGCGCGCGUAUGGAUUGGUGCCCAAGGUGCUGGAGAGGUGCCAGGUGCCGGGUGGUCGUCGUGCCGUAUAUAUCGAUGCUCGGUGA